GGUGUGACUCUAUAUAAACAAAUAUUAUAACUAAUAUCUCAAUUAACUUAUUUAGAACUGGUAUUUAAAUAUAACACUGAUUUUUAAAUUUUCAAAAAAUAUAAUUGUUUUUAUUGCAAAUGUAAUAAAUAAAAUAAAAUAAAAAUUAAUUAACUGAACUAAUUGGAAAUAUUGUAAUCCACUAUUGGUGUGAACAAUGAAGCUUAUCCCAGUGAGGACAGUCAUCAUUGCGGUGAUGGCGAUGAUGGCCAUCGGUAUAGUACGCGCACAGUAUUCACAACAGUAUACCAAAAUAGAGGGCGACAAUAUUAUUUCGGCCACUUAUAACUUAUACGAUACGGUCAUCAAACGGGACUGUAUUCAGCGAACCGGCGGCAUUGGUGGCCGAGUGUUUCCCAUAGGCCAGAGUGUCGAGACAUUUAUCUCGAUGGUCGACACUCUCGAACAAUUGCUCGAAAACACGACCGAUCAGAAUCUACAACAACAUAUCGGUGCCGACAAUGUAGCAAAAUUGUUGUUAAGACGAUUCCGAUUUGAUGGGUUUGACCCGAAUUUACAUCCGGGAUAUAAGCGUACCCGCGAUCAGUGGAUGGAUGAGAUUGCCAACGCUUUCCUGCAGCCAACCGGUGUCCAAGAGUUUAACAAUUACUACUUUCCCGAUCAGUUUUUCCGAACCGAAGAACUCUGUUCCCUAUACUAUAUGCUGUCUCACAAUGUCUACAAUAUUCGCGAAAAACCCCGAAUAGAGUACUCGCAAGUAUUUCGUGGCAAACGACAGGCCUAUACAAGCAAUCGGUUGUCAAACGGACGAAUUCAGACACCGAAUGCCUAUCAAAGUCAACACCAAAAUCAAAAUCAGGGACAAACCAGCAACUAUGGCCAGUACUAUCAACGAGCUCCGGGUGAUAGUGGCAGCAGCGGUAACAAUCGAAUGCCAGUAGCGUCCAACUAUUUGACCAACAAUAACAAUAACAACAACAAUAAUAAUCAUCCGUCCAAUAACUAUCAGUCGUAUAACAGUAACAACGGUUCCAGCAAUCGAGUGUAUUAUCCGCUCAAAGAGGAAGGUGUGGUCAGCUUCCGGUCCAAUCCGAAUGAAGCCAUAUCAAUGGGUCGAGUGCUGAUCGGUGUAAUUGCUGGUAUGUCACCGGAUAUACGAUUGAAUACAAAAUCGGUGAUCCAGGCAAUGGUCAGGGACAAGUUUGUCGACCAGGCCUAUGUCAAAGAUAUGCGACGGGAGGUAGCAAUAGCCGCCGUAACUGUCGGCGAUCUGUGGGGCAGUGCCGCCCAACAGGACGACGAACCAACCGAAAGUUUGCAGUACGCGUUCGGCAUUGACGGCACGUGGGCAUCGCAAACCUGUACAACACAUUACGGACUUAGUCGGGUACCAUUGACAACACCCAAUGAUCAGUUGCAGAAAAUUAUCGACUCGAUUAGGGCCACAAAAGCCGAAAUCAGAGGCGGCAUCGAUGGAUAUCUGAUUGGCAGCAAUUUGGCUUCACUAUCGCAACUUGAUCCGAGACAAUUGAAAUUGAGUACAAUUUUGCGAUCAUUUUACGGCAAACCCCAGAUCUCUAAGAGCAAUAUGUUGACCGUAUCCUAUUGUGAUCGUCAACGGGUCAACACACAGGAACAGUCUAUUAUUCAGGAGGCGGCAGGCAAUUAUCAAAUCAUACAAAAUAUCAAAUUCGGUGGACGACUACCACCGCCCGGACCAUUGGGUGCCUUCUCGCAGGCCCUACAACAGGCUGCUGGAACAGAAACUUCGGGAACCGAUUUUUGUAACCGACCGGGUGGCCAGAUAGACAAAUCUGCGCCGUGCGAGACACCGUCGGAUGUCAUUUAUAUCAUCGACGGAUCGGACGGCAACAAACUUCGUCAAUCGGCCGAAAUUGUUGCUCAGAUCAAUGCAAAUCUCGGUAAUAUCCGGCCGUACGGCGGAUCGAUCAAUAUAUUUCUCAACAGUAAAGGCGGACGCAAUGAUGUCAACAGCGGAGUGAUGUUACCGCAGGGCGAUUGGCCGCUCACACCAGUGGCCUUCAAUAUGUCGGCAGCCGGUUGCUCGCAGUGCCGUAUCGAUGAUUUUAAUACAUCUACCAGAGCUGCAGUGGCCAACAUUGGCCAGUACUUUAAAGCACUAAACACUACAUUGUUUAACUACGAAUGGUGGACACCUCGAGUAAACGAUUCGGCCAUACCAGCCAAGUCGGCCGUACUAAUCGACUUUACCGUCGGCGUAGUACCCGAUUCGGGCGCCGACUACGACGACUACAAGUAUUUCAAAGAUCAGCUUCGCUAUCGGCACCGGGAUGUACGAUUUUUGUCGAUAGCAUCAAAUCAGGACGCGUUCAAAGACAUCUUGCGCUACGAGGACGACAAAGAGCAGCCGGGUAAUCCGGUACAGAUUGGCCAGAAUGUGGCCAGAAAAAUAUGCGAAAAUCCGGCCAUUUUCCAGUAUAAUAUGUGCGAAGAUAAACGAUCGGACGGUGUCCAAUAUGUUGGCUUUAUUACGCCCGGUUAUCGUCAGAACUGGGCCAUGUAUCCAGAAUUUUUUCACCGAAGCUUUACCAUCAGGUUCUCGUUUAAACCCGAAGACGGCGAUAUCAGGAUAUGCUAUGAUCGUCAGUUUCCGCCCGAAGAUCAAGAAUAUUGUAAAGAGUUGACGGCCGGUGAGGAACAGUACUUCGAAAUCGAUAAUCCAUGUAAGGGUAAAUCGGUUUCAUCGUGUCGGCCAUUUUAUUUUACCGUUUGGGCCAAAGAUAAGACAUCGUUGACCCAGUGCUUAGAUCCCAGGUGUAUGAACACUAACCAAAUCAAAUUUACAGUGACCCACACUGGCGUCCAGUGCAGCUCAUCCCUACAUAUGCUGCCGUCCACUCCAAUACAAUGCAUUUCAUUGAUCACUGUCUUUAUUUUAUACUUAUUUUUUAACAAACAUUAGUAAUAAUAAUUAUUAAUUAAUAUAAUUUAA